GUCCCCCCUCACUCUCGCGCAGACCCACCUCUCCGCCGCUCCCCCUCAGAUACCCUCGCUGCCGUCGAUCCGGCCUCCCCAUCGCUCCCAGUCAAGCCAGUUCGCCGGUCAUCGUUCCCGGCCGCCGCCGUCACGUCCGAGGGUGGGUUUCUUCCGUUUUGUUCUUCUCUUUCACAGCUCUCUCUCUCUCUCUCUCAUGGUCUGGUUCACUGUACAGCACCGCCGAGCGUAACUAUCAAGCCAGUUCCGAAUUGUCGCCGACCAAUCGCUCAGCGCCGGGAUCUUGAAGGUUUAGAGGUGAAUUUUGGCAGAAACUUUCUCGGAAUCAUAGUCGCCGGCGAUGAAUUACAGGUUUCAAAACCUGUUAGGAGCGCCGUAUAGAGGCGGGAAUGUUCUGAUUUCGGAGGAUACUCUGUUAAUUUCACCCGUCGGUAACCGAAUCUCCAUUACCGACCUUGUCAAGUCUCAAACGGCGACUCUUCCCCUUCAAUCAUCUUCCAAUAUUUCCCGAAUCGCCCUCUCUCCCGAUGGCGUAUUUUUGUUCACCGUUGACGAGAAGAAUCGUUGCCUCUUCAUCAAUCUCCGACGCCGAGUUGUUCUUCACCGUAUUUCCUUCAAGAAGCCCGUCAGUGUCGUCAAGUUUAGCCCCGACGCUGCAUUUAUUGCUGUUGGCACUGGGAAGUUGGUCCAAAUUUGGCGUGCUCCUGGGUUCAAGAAAGAAUUCUUUCCUUUUGAACUGGUACGAACUUUUGCUGAUUGUCAUGAUAAAGUUACUGCGUUGGACUGGAGUCCUGAUGGCAAUUACUUGCUUGCUGGGUCGAAGGAUUUGACUGUUAGGUUACUUUUUGUGAAGAAAUUAAGUGGGAUUAAGUAUAAACCUCACUUGUUUUUGGGUCAUAGAGAUUCAAUUGUAGGUUCGUUUUUUGGGACCAAUAAGAAAACGAAUAAGGUAGAAAAGGUUUAUACAAUUACACGUGACUGUUAUAUUUUUAGUUGGGGCAUUAUAGAGAAUAAUUUGGAUGAAAUGGAAGUGGAUAAUUCAGAACCAGCCUCACCGGGGACUCCUAGGAGGGAUAGUGAAGGAAAUGUGGAGAGUGGUGGGGAUGUUAGUGUUAAGAAGAGGAAGAAUCUUGGUGCUGGUAAUGUGGAUACCGAAGUUGGAUACUUGCUUAGAGAAAAAUGGGAGUUAGUGAGGAAGGAUUGUUUUUCUCAGGCUCCAGCGAAGGUGACUGCAUGUGAUUAUCAUUGGUACCUUGAUAUGGUGGUUGUGGGAUUCUCUAAUGGCGUGUUUGGGCUGUAUCAGAUGCCCGAUUUUGUGUGCUUGCACAUGUUGUCAAUAUCAAGAGAGAAAAUUACCACAGCUAUUUUCAAUCAACAUGGCAAUUGGUUGUCAUUUGGGUGUGCAAAACUUGGUCAGUUACUAGUGUGGGAAUGGCGGUCGGAAAGCUACAUAUUGAAACAGCAGGGACAUUACUUUGAUGUUAAUUGUCUUGCUUAUUCCCCGGAUUCACAACUAUUGGCAACUGGAGCUGAUGAUAACAAAGUCAAGGUCUGGACAGUUCAAUCAGGCUUCUGCUUUGUUACAUUCUCUGAGCACGCAAAUGCUGUUACUGCUCUUCAGUUUUUGGCAAAUAACCACUGUCUCUUGAGUGCAUCUCUUGAUGGCACUGUUCGUGCAUGGGAUCUGUUUCGCUAUCGAAAUUUUAGAACUUUUACCUCCCCUACUUCUCGGCAAUUUGUUUCCUUGGCAGUAGAUCAAAGUGGUGAAGUUGUUUGUGCUGGAACAUUAGAUUCAUUUGAGAUUUUUGUUUGGUCGAUGAAGACUGGUCGUUUGUUGGAUAUCCUUAGUGGGCAUGAAGGUCCUGUUCAUGGAUUGGUGUUUUCUCCUACAAAUGCAGUCUUAGCUUCCUCAUCAUGGGAUAAAACUGUUCGCUUGUGGGAUGUUUUUGAAGGGAAAGGGGCUGUUGAAACGUUCAAUCAUAUGCACGAUGUUCUUACGGUGGUUUAUCGUUCAGAUGGAAGGCAGUUGGCCAGCAGUACAUUAGAUGGUCAGAUCCAUUUUUGGGACCCGAUUGAUGGUAUAUUGAUGUAUACAAUUGAGGGGCGUAGGGACAUUGCUGGAGGACGUUUGGUGACUGAUAGAAGAUCUGCUGCUACUUCAAGUUCAGGAAAAUGCUUCACGACAUUAUGUUAUUCUGCUGACGGGAGUUAUAUGUUAGCUGGAGGAUGUAGUAAAUACAUCUGUAUGUAUGACAUUGCUGAUCAGGUAUUGUUGCGGAGGUUUCAAAUAACCCAUAAUCUCUCUUUAGAUGGAGUUCUUGACGUUCUAAAUUCAAAGAAUAUGACAGAAGCUGGCCCCUUAGAUUUGAUUGAUGACGAUGAUAGCGAUAUAGAAGGAGGAGUUGACCAACAAACACGCGAGAAAUUAGGCCAUGAUUUACCAGGGUCCUUGCUCAAUCGUGGACGGCCAGUUGUACGAACAAAAUGCUUGAGAAUUGCACCUACCGGUCGAAAUUUUGCAGCAUCAACAACCGAGGGAGUUCUUAUCUAUUCAAUUGAUGAAUCUUUUAUCUUCGAUCCAACUGACCUCGACAUUGACGUCACACCUGAGGCAAUCAAUGCUGCACUUGAUGAAGACCAACCGAGCAGGGCUUUGAUUCUUAGUUUGCGAUUAAAUGAGGAUGCUUUAAUAAAGAAAUGCAUCUUCUCUGUGAAUCCUGUCGAUGUAGCAAAAUUAAUCCAAUCCAUCCCACAUAGAUAUUUGCAGAGGUUAGUCGAGGCAUUAGCAGAACUUAUGGAAAGUUGCCCACAUUUGGAGUUCGUUCUACGGUGGUGUCAGGAACUUUGCAAAAUUCAUGGCAACUACAUUCAACAAAAUUCUAGAAACCUACUUCCUGCCUUAAAAUCCUUGCAGAUGGCUAUCACCAGAACACAUCAGGAUUUGGCUGAUAUGUGUUCGUCGAAUGAGUAUUUACUUCGGUAUCUUUGCUCGACAAGUGCCAAGAAGGGAAUAAGUUAAUAUCAUGGUGGAUUCUUUCCUUUCCCAGCAUGGUGCCAACCAAGCCAGAAUCUUUGUUGAAGAGAAACACUCAGUUAAAAAGCCCCCUGAAUGGUUUAGGGGAAGAAGAACCUUCCAGGUUAUGCUCGAGUUCAAUACGUCGUGAUGACUGCUAAUUGUUGGGGUAGUAAGUCCUUAUCUACCUACAGUUUUGUCAAAAUCGUAACUGGUAUGAGCAAGAUGUAUCAGUCAGUAGGGAUGGUUUUGUUGUAAGUUAGGCAGGAUCUUUUCUUUUCUUCUUUUUCUGUCCUAUUUUCUUCCAGUUAUAAUUGUAUUAAUAUUAAUGCCUUUUUAGAGAUUGAUGGAACAUGAAAACGAGUAAAAUUAAGACAAAUCUCAAAUUUAUUGAACGUUUGAGGUUCUUCCACCUUUGGCCGUUUUAAAUAGCAAUUAACAAGCUUAUUGAAA